AUGGCCGAGAGCACGACCCAGCGAACAGCCGGGUCCGCUCCCAAAGUACAGCUAAGCUGUGAGAUGUGUCGCCAGCGCAAGGUGAAAUGCGACAAGCUCAGCCCGUGUACAAACUGCCAACGGCUCGGGGCGGCUUGUAUCCCCGUGGAACGAGCACGUCUGCCACGGGGGCGCUUCCGAAAGUCGAAGGCUGCAGAUCGGGUGCCCGAGAGAGGUUCUGCUGAUGCGACUGAUGAGUUGAAGGGGAGGAUGGAAAGGUUGGAGGGGCUGAUUUGUACGCUGAUGCAGGAUAACGGGGCUGCAGCCAAUACUAUCGUGCCAGUUAUGGCUGAUGCAGGAAUCUUGCCGAGUCCCUGCGAUACAGAGUCACGGAGUGAUUUGCCUUCGCCUGUGGGUAAUGACGUUCGAGGUGGAGGUGGGUUGGUGGCUCAGAAGCCCAGUACUUAUUUGGGGAAUUCGUUCUGGGAGGGCUUGAUGCAUGUACAAAACCGGUCUUUGCGCAACCUCACGGACCAGGGUCAUGAUGGUGCGACGUUCGCGCCUUAUGAUAUUCUCGUUCACGGAUUGACGGGCAGGGCCUUGCUUAGUCCUUUAUGUUCCAAUACAGAGCCAUGGGCGACCCCGCAGCUUCAACAGCAUCUGUGUCAUGUCUUUUUGACACAAGUCGAUCCGGUAUUCAAGAUUCUACAUCAACCGUCCCUGCGUGCUCUCCUCAUAGAAGGGAAACCGUACCUCCACUAUGGUGACCAUCACCCAGCCCCGGAAGCUCUUCGAUGCGCUGUUUACUAUAUAGCAGCGUGCAGUAUUACCGAAGACCAGUGGCCCCCUGCCAUAGGAGCCAGCAGAGCAUCGGUAAUCGCCAGAUACCAAAGAGAAACAGAAGCAGCCCUAGUGCGCGCAGAAUUCGUCACAUCGGACGACUUGACCGUUUUACAAGCAUUCGUACUUUCGUUAAUCGGAGCCCGCUCACAGGACCGGAGCCGACGAGCAUGGACGAUGCUUAGCAUGGCUGUUCGUGUUGCACAAGCGCUCUCACUGCAUGUGCCAGACCCACCAUUUCUGAUAACGCCGUUUGAGCAGGAAAUGCGGAGGCGGUUGUGGGGUGCUAUUGGGUUGCUGGACGUUCAGGCGUCGUUGGAUCGGGCAUCCGAGCCGAUGAUUUUACGGAGAUGGUUGGAAUUACAUGCACCGUUGAACGUUAACGAUGAUGACAUUCGGUUUGGGUAUGAGAUUGUGCCGGCGGAAUCCGACAGUUUUACAGAUAGUACAUUCACCUUGAUGAUAUCGAAGGCACAAUGCGCUGUGCGAUCACUCACGGAGCCGGGGUCACAGUACAUGCAUAUACGGCAGGCAUGCGUUGCCGAUUUCCAGCGGACAGCAUCACAACUGCUUCGUAGUUGUCAACCAGAUGCAUUGCCCUUUCAUUGGUACGCUCUCCAAGUCGCAGACUACAUCGCGGCCUCGAUGCAGCUUAUCUCUCUACGGCCACUCCAGCGCACCCCCGGCAUUACUCCUCCUCACGUCCCCGGAUCCAAUGUCCUCCGACUAUCCGUGGAUAUUCUGCAGAAAAAGGAGACACUACACAGCGAUCCUCGCGGGCAUCCGUGGCGCUGGUUUGAGGGCAUCUUUGUCCCCUGGCAUGCGCUGGCGGUCGCGAUCGCAGAACUGUGUGGGUGCGAGGAUGCAGCGCUGAUAGAACGAUACUGGGAUACCGUGGAAGGCGCAUUCGAGCGAUUUGGAGGAUUAGUCGCGGACGAGAAGGAGGGGAUGCUGUGGAAGCCGAUGGAGAGGUUGAUGGGGAGAGCGCGUGCAAAAAGAGACACCUUGAGAGUAGUCUUUACUCCGGAGUCUGCAUCUGCGCAGCCGCAGUCACCGUUCCUGCCGGUGAUGGCUCCGGAUCAGAACCAGCAUCAAAGAGGGAUGGGGCUGGCUGUAACGCCGUGUAGUAGUACCUCGGGUAGUAUUGGGGUUGAACCAUGGGCGAAUGUGCCGACUGUAUGGGAUGGGGUGGAUUUUGGGGAUGUCGGUAUUGAUCAACUCUCGUGGACUAACUAUCAGGAUUUUAUGGAGGAUAUGCAGCGAUAA